GUGAGGUGUCGCUGGGAAAGCCCACCGAGGUAACAACAACUGCUGCUUGGGGGACGGAUCCUCUACCUCGUGAAGGAAUGGACAGUGUGAAGGCGUUGGCAGUGCAAAAUCCUGAUCCACGUGGUUCGCUUGUGUCGCCCAAGUGUGGAGCUAUGCUACAUGUGGGCCAAGUGAUGCAGAUGGGUGUGGAGCUACCAUAUAACAGUGUGUGGGCUAAGACGGAGCCAACUCCGACACCCAAUGGGUGGUAUGAGCGCAACCCGAAUUUCACGCCUGAUACUCAAGACUAUCUGAGUAAGCUUGUGGCAGACAAAAAUUUCGCAGUGGGAGAUACGCACACAGUGAGCACGACAGGUAAGGAUCGCGAACAUUUCGUGCAAUAUCACUACGACCAGCGAACUAUUAUCAUCGAGUUGGUGAGUCGUGAGACUCCUGACGUCACUGAAGAUGACGUCGAAGCGGAUGCGGCACCGCAAAAAGCUGGUAGUGGCGCAUGGUGUGAGGCUACGCUCAAGGUGACGAUCCGACUGGACGAUGGCGGUACAGCAUAUAGUUACGCUGUCAAGCUGUAUCGCAAUACGUUGAAGAACUCGCCGCUUGCUGAAGGUUUUACGUUGGUUGAGCCGGCAUUAUCGGAGUAUGCUGAGCUGGUGGUGUACAAGGAAGCUCAGGCGCGUAUCCGCUACGUCGUCGAAGUGGAGACGGUGUGAGUUUGGGUACU